AUGACGGAGCCAGAUGAGAGUGAGUCGUGUUAUGAGAUCCUUGGUGUGGACCCUGGGGCAUCGUCCUCGGAGAUCCGGCAGGCAUACAGAAAGUUGGCGCUGGCAAAGCAUCCAGAUCGGGGGGGUGAUCCCGAAGAGUUCGCCAGGCUCAGCAAGGCCUACGAGGUCCUGUCGAAUGCCAAGUCGCGAGCCAACUACGACAAAACUGGGCGAACUUCCAAGCUGACUGCGGAAGAGGAGUUCAUAGAGGCCUUCCGCAGCUCUGCUGCAGAGGCUGCCCCGCAAGAGUCAGCCCGCCCGCCGGCGCGGAGGCCGCGGCCGGAGAAUAACCGCAGUGGUGGAGUACACAGCUUCUCUGCCAAUGUGGGGACCGGGUCGCGAUCGCAAGCGAAAGACACGGCCGUGACCGGAGAUGCCUUGGCAAGCGCAGUUCAUGGUGCACUUGGUGCCAGCUUCAGUCCGGGUGCACGAGUGCGGGUCGUCGGACUGGAGAAGCAACAAACCCUGAACUCGGCCACGGGCACCUUGGUGAAGCUUCACAACGAUCGAUGGCAGGUUCGCCUGGAUGGUGAUUUGGGCGACAAGCUCUUAAAAUCCAAGAAUCUAAUCUUGGAAGAGAACCGAGACAUUCCAGAAGCCAAGCCGAAGGAGAAACAGAGUGGGUACCCCACUCGGGUCAGCGUAGAGGAGUCAGAGCCUCCACGCAGAAGUUCGUUCAACCGACCAAGCCCCGAUUUUCUGCGGGUGGACUCCGGGAUGGCCAUUGACAUUGCAGGGAGCUGGAGCAGCUGGAAGCCGCAAAGGAUGACGAUGGAACCGAAGCGUCGCUGCCACAAGUUUCAAGUUCAAUUACCUUCAAGCUCCAGCGAAAGCUUUCAGCUCUUCGUUCCGGGUGAUGGGCUUGGGCGUUGCAUUCAUCCGGACCGCGCAGAUGCACAUCCACACGAGUUCCAUCGCCUAACUGGCCCAGAUGACAACAGCAAGGGGUACAGCUGGACCAUCGGAAAGCAUCCCAACGACAAGGCAGUCGCAGGAGCCCGCUAUGAGGUCAUACUCAUCUACGCUGCAAAUGGCAAACCCGAUCGAGUGGAUUGGGUGCACCUGAACCCGCGGACCACGACUGCGCCCAAAGCGCCCUUCCCAGCUCGUUCGGGCAGCAAUGCAAACAAGGCAUACGGGGGAAUGACUGUGGCCGGCUUUUUGCAAGCUGCCAAACCGGAUUGGUCGGCCAAGGAGGUUACAUCUGUGUGUGAGAAGCUGUCCAAGAUUACUGUUGUGGAUUUGCCCAGCUUAUUGCGCGCGUUGCAGUCCGAGGGUUCAUCCGGUGUCAACCAAAGGCUCAAGACUGCAGGUGAGAAAGCAUUCACAGACCAGACGGCGCGAGCACUGCGGCAGCAUGCCAAAAAGGUGUCUGACGAAGAGACCGCACGCGUCGCGCGUGCCAGUGCACCGCCCGAGCGCGCAGCCCCGUCGCCGCAGACCUCGGCGAGCCUGCCGCCACUGCCCACGCAGGAGUACCGUGUGGUUCACGAGUUUGCAUACGUGCGGCAGGACCCUUCAUUGCACUCGCCGCUCUGUGGCAAGAAGGACCAAGGUGAGACGGUACACGCCUGCGAAGAAACAUUCGAUGGCUGGAUCAAGCUGUAUGGGCAGCCGGGGUACAUAAUCAAAGACAUGGCCGGCAAGCAAGGAAUUGGAAAGAUUCUCAGUGCCGUCGGCAAGCAGCCGAGCUUGGUACUCCCUGAACAGCAAGCUACGUCGACGCCGCUGGUCUUUGAAGUCGUCUACAAGCCGCUCGUGGCCGUACGCACUGCCCCAUCCAAGAGUCGGCCGAUUCAGGGGACACGCAAGCUUGGCGAGCAGGUGCGCGCCGAUGCUCAAGGCUACGGUGGAUGGAUCAAGGUUUGUGCCGAGGAUGGAGGUGGUUGGAUGCUGACCGCCGAUCCUGACCUGGGGCAACUAUUGAGUUGCAAAAUGCUUGAACAGCGGCAGCAGCAGGUCAAAGCGCUGCACCGGGCGGCAGCAGCAGGCGAUGCCGCUGCGCUCGGCGAUGCGCUGCAUGUCGCGAAGAGGGCCGGCCUCGGCGGUGAGGCGAUUUCCAGCGCAGAGCGGGAACUGCGACAAAUUCGCGAGCGCGAGGCAGUGCGCAAGGACUUACUUCAGCGGGCGUCUACCGCUAAAGCCGACGGAAAGGAUACAAAACUCCGGAAUUGCAUCGAAGAAGCCGACCAGAUGGGCUUUGCUCAGGAGAAAAGGGCCAUGCAAGAAGCUUUGGAUAACCUUCUUGUGACCAAAGCCGAGACCCAGAAAGAGCACGACGUCCUCCUGGACAAUCUGGCUGCUGCUGCGGCUAGUGGAGAUGUUGCACAAAUAAAGGUAGCACGGAAUGCUGCCAAGGAGGGCGGUGUGCCCAUGAAGGAGAUUGCUCGUGUCUUUGCCUUGCACAAUAGCCAGGCAGGCGCAUGA